GCGCUGGAUAUGGCGGUUCGGCCUCGCCAGGUCUCUCCAAAACCAUCGCAGUCCUAGCGGGCGAUGGCAUCGGACCGGAGGUCAUGGCUGAGACGGUGAAGGUCUUGCAGAAAGUUGGAGAGCUCUUUGGUCAUAGCUUCACCUUCAAAGACUACAAGGUGGGUGGUGCCGCAUGGGCUGCCACCGAGGCGGCAGGCGAGACGCCGUCGCACCUGCCGCAGACCACGCUGGAGGGCUGCGAAACAUCCGAUGCCAUUCUCUUCGGUUCAGUGGGAGGUCCGGUGGAUAAGCAGCAUGAGCCCCAAUGGAAGGAUUGCGAGAAGAAUGCCUUGUUGGGCCUUCGGAAGCGGUUCAAGCUGGCAGUGAAUCUGCGACCCUCCAAGGUUUAUCCAUUCCUAUCGCACCUUUGCCCUUUGAAGCCUUCCAUCAUAGGCACGGGAGUCGACAUGGUCAUCAUCCGCGAGCUAGUGGGAGGCAUCUAUUUUGGAGAGCACAAGAGAGAAGGAGACAAGGCCUUUGAUGUGAUGGAGUACACGGUGGAGGGCAUCAAAAAGCCGAUGAUCUUUGCAUUCGAAGCAGCCCGUUUAAGACGAAAGAAGGUGACCGUGGUUGACAAGGCCAACGUUUUGGAGUGUUCUCGCUUGUGGCGCGAGGUGGCCCGGGACGUUCACAAGAAUUACCCUGAUGUGGAGCUGGACUUUAUGUACAUAGACAAUGCCUGCAUGCAAGUGAUCCAGAAGCCCUCCUUUUUUGACGUCGUCGCCACUGGGAACAUGUUCGGCGACAUCUUGUCUGAUGCUGCUAGCGUCCUGCCUGGUUCAUUGGGACUGAUGCCUUCAGCAUCCCUUGGCGAUGGAUUGCACAUGUACGAGCCCAGUGGUGGGAGCGCCCCAGACAUUGCAGGGAAAGGCGUCGCCAAUCCGAUCGCGCAGAUCUUGAGUGGUGCAAUGAUGCUGAGGUACUCUUUCCAACUGGAGAAAGAGGCUGCAGCCAUCGAAAAUGCCUGCGAGACAGUCUUGAGGUCUGGCAAGCUGACGGGAGACCUUUUGGAAGAAAGCCAGCGUAGCAACGCGGUCUCCACCAGCGACAUAGGGGAAGCAGUGGUCAAAGCGCUGAAGUCAUGAUCCCAUCGCCGGCUUCAGGGCCAAAGUUGACCACUGGCUAGAGCUUUAGAGACUUUAGAGACCGGAGCCUCUAAGUUUUCCAGAAACUUUUGAUCAGAACUCCAUCUGAAG